UACAAUAAUAUAUAUGUGAGUAUUUGAUCAUGCUUCAUGCAUGCAUUAUCUGAUCUACAACACACAAAUUAAGUAGUACGUACUACUCUAAAGUAUUCCAAUAACAAAUAAUUAUAUCUCCAAAUUAUUUGCACCCAAUUAAUUUAAUUUAAUUGAAUUUCAAUCAAAAUAAUGAAACCAAAACUAUGCGGCCAAUGCACCCCACUCUUGAUAUUAGGGCUACCCCUUUAUUUCAUCACAUUUUCCUACACAAAUAAACACCUAAUCUUUCCAUCUCCAGAUACUUUAUUCUUCCCCCUCCUUAAAACCGCGCCAUUUUCGCACGACAACGACAAUUAUUUUUGGCACGUAACGAAGCCGAUCGAACAAUAUUCUCCUCCUCCUCCGACGAAUCUCAGCCACAUAGUGUUCGGAAUCGUCGGCUCGGAAAAAGCAUGGAGAUUCCGAAAAACAUACAUAGAAUCAUGGUGGAGGCCAAAUCACACAAACGGAUAUCUAUUCCUGGAUAAACCACCGGGCCCACCUCUCCUCCCUUGGCCGGAAACUUCUCCUCCGUUUAGGGUUUCCGAUGACCUAACGGAUCUUCUCAACAACAAAUCCGACAUUAGGGCACAAAGAAUGGUGCAUGGAAUAAUGGAGGUUUUGAGAGAAGUAAAAGACCAUAAAACCCUAAGAUGGGUUGUGAUGGGAGACGACGAUUCGAUAUUCUUUGUGGAUAAUAUUGUCGAUGUUCUUGCUAAGUACGACCAUACGAAGUAUUAUUACUUAGGCGGGCACUCGGAGUUUAUUUUGUCGAAUUAUUAUUUUUCGUUUAAUCAAGCUUUUGGUGGUGGUGGGAUUAUGCUGAGCUAUCCUUUGGCGAAAGCUUUGGCCGGAGAUAUCGAGAGUUGUUUGAAGAGAUACGUGUUUUUAAAUUCCGCUGAUAACACAACAAAGGCUUGUAUCGCUGAUAUUGGAGUUAAUCUGACACCUCACCAAGGAAAUCAUCAGGUUGAUUUCCGUGGCGAUAUUUCGGGCUUUUUAUCAACUCACCCACUGGCCCCACUGCUUUCACUUCACCAUUUCGACAUGGUGGACCCGAUCUUCCCGGCCAAGGACCGUUUCCAGUCCACGCGCCACCUCAUGACGGCGGCGAAAGCCGACCAGUCGAGGAUGCUGCAGCAGACCAUCUGCUACGACCGGCGGAGCAACUGGUCUCUCUCGAUUUCGUGGGGCUAUUCGGCACAUAUUUACGAGAGGAUAAUGCCGAGGAGCUACUUGAUAAUUCCGAUCGAGACGUUUACGCCGUGGUUGAAGACUCUUAAGCCUCCGAAUUACAUGUUCAACACCAGAAGCCGCUCCUCCGCCGACCCCUGUGAAGCUCCUCACGUUUUCUUCUUCGAUUCCGUCCAGGAGACGGCCGCCAUUGGCAGCGGCGGCGGAAUCGUCACCAGCUACUCGCGCGCGUGGCCACGCCCUCUCCCGGCGUGUUUGUCUAGUGGCAAUCAUUCUGCGGACUUUAUUCAAAGAAUUCUAGUCUUUUCGCCACCGACAAAGCGCACAUCGACGGAUAGAUGCGAGUGUUGUGAUAUUAUUAAAGCCGACGGCGGCGAGGCGGAAGUUAUAGUAAGGGAAUGCAGGUCAAAUGAAAUAAUUGCAUGAAUAU